AUGCCUGUGGUGGUGCACACGCAGCCCGCGGAGAUCUCUAGAUCGACCGUCGUAACCUUGUCACCACGUCAGUCUUCGUCCAAGCCUCCCAUGUCCAAAGAAGAAGAGGCAUUGUUCCUCGAAGAACUGCGCGACCUCGUCCACGUCCUCGAGGUAGAUCCCAAUCAGCUUGUUGCUGGCGGCGCGCCUCAGCACCUCGUCAGGCAGGUCGUGGAGGAAUACGUUGCCAAGCAGAAGGAGCGAGACACGCGGGCUAAGAACAGCGCGAGGCCAGAGAUAUGGCAGGCGCGUUCACCACUCCGCGAGAACAGCGGAACACCAGGCAUACCCGACGCGCUUUCGCGUGCCUCGCGCGCAAACUCGUCCCGCAACUCCAGUCCCGAUGUCGAGGUCAUCGUCCACACCACUGGCACCAAUGGUGGCGGUGGCCCACUCAGUCCCAGCUCCGACAGCUCGAUGGAGGCUAUGGUGGAGCGGAUGGUCCCUCCUCUUCCGUCACCCCGUCCCCAGCCUCCCCUCCAGCACCCUUUGCCGCCCAUACCACCACCCGCCGCUCCUCCUACCAGCUGGCCCACUCCUCCGUUCUCAUCUCUCCGUCCUCCCGUUCCACAAGCUGGCCCCCCUCGCUUCGCUGUCCCCAUCGACACGUACCGCCCGAACCCUCGCCCAUCCACCGUCGCAGCCUCACCUUCCGUCCCGCCCCCUAUUGUGCAAUCACAGCAAAUCAACGCUAGACCAAAGGGCCGCAAGCGUCGCGACCUGGAUAGCGCAGCGCUGGGGCCCGACACCCUUGACUAUGGAGAUGACGCGGCGGACGACGGCGGGCCGAGCAAUGCGCGUUCUCCAAGGCCCGCAGUCGCUCCACCUGCACCACUGCCCAAGACAAUCCUUUCGGCUCCUCCUGCGACAGAACCUAUUCCAACAAAGUUCAAGCCUACACGCGUCCCAUCGCCGCCAUCGCCGCCAUCGCCGCCAUCGCCGCCAUCGCCGCCAUCGGUCCCUCCCCCUCCUAUCCCUCCCCCACCCCCCACACGAGUGGAUGAGCUCGCUGAGGCUCGUCGCCGCCUCUUGGACUCAAUGCGUCGUAAGAAGACAGCCACUCCGAGCUCCGCGGCAGCCACACCCGCUCCCUCUACCGCGGCAUCUGAACAGCGACAGACUGGACAAACCCCACAGCCGCCCAUGGAUGUGGACAGCGAAAUGGAGGAAGGCGAGAUAGAGGAAGCUGAGGAAGGCGAGGUUGCUGAGACUGCCCCAUCGCUUAGCUUUCAGAUGACGACGUUCUCGCAGGUGCCAAUACUGCCACCAGCCGCAGAGCCGACCCGAUUCUCGCCACUGGAAGACGGAACGAUGGCUCCACCUUCCGUGCAAGCGCCCGUCCCCACUCGUGCCCCGUCUCGUGCUAACUCUCGUGGGGUGAAGCGCCCGCACGCCGAGGACCUCAUGGACCAGCCGUCACGACCACCUAGCGCGUCGCGUCCUCGCCGCAAGAUCUUUUGCGUUACGGCGCAGCGCCCCACUGCUCUGACACUGUCCCUUGACGACGGAAGCGACAGCGAAUCCGAGGAUGAACAACCCGCGCCUGUUGUAAUCCCAGCCCCAAUAGUGAUGCCGCCAGAUUGGGAGACGAUACAGAAGGAAGAGGAAAAGGCGCGCGCAAUUGCAGAGAAGGAGGAACACAUUCGUCGCCUUCGAGCGCGCAUCGCCGAGCUGGCGGAGAAGAAGAAGUCCUCGUCGGCGCAAGCCACGCCCACUGGUGCGCUGACCCCCACGACUGCGAGCAGUAUCGCCGAAUCGGCCAUCAAGGGGACGAUUGGCGACCCCGUCCAGUUGUCGGCGUCAACCCCAUCGCCUGCCACGGACGAAGGGAGCCAAGGUUUGCAUACCGCCGUUUGCUCGCUUACAAUACAGACAAUGGGAUGGACGUAG